AUGAACCCAAUCAUAUAUUUUGGACUUUCAAAUGAACUGACAAGAGAAAACAUCUAUGCUCUAACCUAUCAACACUUGGCUCGAUUUGCAUUUUCCGACUUUUGCAAAACCCUUGCUUCCGCAAGCCGAAAGCAAAUUCUUCUUCGUAUCUACAAGGCCAACAGAGGUGCUAUUUGGGCUCAAUUUAUCUUUUCGAUAGCUGGAAUGUUAGUUGGUUACCUCAGCCCUUACUUCCAACAAAAAUUACUGGAGUAUAUUGCCGAUCCCCAAGGACGCCCUAUCAACAUUGCAUAUGUUUAUGUUUUUGGAAUGCUCGCUGUUGGAAUAACCAAGCUAGUUUUUAACGGUGUUCACUUAUGGGCCGGUAGACGGUGGAAUGUUCGGGCCUUUGCAAUGUUGGAUGCAGAAAUCUACAAAAAAACCUUAAAGCGCAAGGAUAUGUCCGGAAAAGUCGAGAAGAAAAAUACUAAGGAUGAUGCAAAGAAGGAAAACAAUACAAGUAAUCUUUUCAGUAGCUCUGGAAAAAUCACCAACUUAAUGAGUACUGAUGCUGAUCGUCUGGCGGAUACGCCAGUUUAUAUUUUUAUGGUUUACAACGCACCAAUUGAAAUAGCUGUGGCUAUAGUAUAUCUUUAUCAACUACUUGGAUUUGCGGCACUUGUUGGUCUGGGUGUGAUGAUCAUCACUUUCCCAUUUACUGCAUACAUAUCUAAGAUAAUGAUUAAGUCUUACAAGAGAUUUUCAGAAGCCAAGGACAAGCGAAACAAUUUGGUCAAUGAGUUGCUACAUGGUAUUCGUAUGAUCAAAUAUUUUGCCUGGGAAAACAACUGGGAAGAGAAAAUUAUGGCAGCACGUCGCUUUGAAAUCAAGAAACUUAUCCGCACUGUUAUUAUUCAAGUCAUAUUUUCAAUCACUUACCUUACCAUUCCAGUCCUGGUAUCUUGCUCCUCCUUUAUUUGGUACACAAAAGUAACCGGAAAUGAGCUGACUGCAAGUGUGGCAUUCGUUAGUAUCACCUUGUUUGAAAUGAUUCGUCGUCCAUUGAUGAUGAUUCCUGAAUCAAUUACAAAGUUGGGUGAAUGCUACGUCUGCCUAAAGCGUAUUGCAUCGUAUAUGGACGAGGCCGAAGUUGGUGAUGGUAUCAUUAAUGAACCUAUUCCCGUUCCAGAAGGUGUUUUGCCAGAGACUAUUCUGGCACGUGUUGGUACCGAAGAGUCGGUUUUCCGCUGGCAUUCUGGCGAGCCUGAAGCCAAAGACGCCGUUGCUGCUGAAGUAGAUCCAGAUGAACACCCUGACUUCUCACUCAAAGUUCCCGCUUUUGAGUUUCCUACCUCCGAACUUAGCAUUAUCUGCGGCCCAACCGGAAGUGGAAAGUCUAGUUUCUUGCAUGCCAUCUUGGGAGAAAUGGAUAUUGUCUCUGGACGUGUUUACUUGCCAUCCAAGACUAAGCUAGCCCUUGAUACAUACUCUGUCGUUGAUCCUGAAUAUCCCUCUCUCGCCCUGAAUAAGGUUGCUUAUGUAGCCCAGCAAGCCUUUUUACAGCAUGCCUCGAUCCGUGACAAUAUUUUGUUCGGUCAAGAGUUCGAUCCAGUUCGUUACAAAAAGGUGCUCUCCCAGUGCGCCCUCGUCAAGGAUUUGUCUAUCUUGCCUGAUGGUGACCGUACUGAAAUUGGUGAAAAGGGUAUCUCUUUGUCUGGCGGCCAGAAACAACGUGUCUCUUUGGCCCGUGCUGUUUAUUCACAUGCAAAGACCCUACUUUUGGACGACUGCCUUAGUGCUGUUGAUGCACACACUGCCAAGCACAUCUAUCAGCGUUGUAUUAAAGGCGAUCUUAUUAAGGGGCGCACAGUAAUUCUGGUUACUCAUCAUGUACGCCUUUGCUUACCUGCCGCCAAAUUUGUCAUGAAACUUGAGCGUGGUUCUGUAACCAGCUAUUGUUCCGUUGAGUCUCUUAGAGAAAAUGGUUCUCUGGAUAACAUUUUGGGUGAAGGAACAAACGAAGAUGAAGCAGUUGAUGAAGAACCUAUUGAACAAGUCGACGAAGAAUUCAGUCUAAUCAAUGACAAUGCAGCAGUCAAUAAUAUGAUUAAAGAAGAAAACUCUGAGAAAGGACGAGUAAAAUUCAAGGUGUACAAGACAUACUUUACUGCCUGUGGUGGCUGGUUCUUCUGGUGUGUUCUGCUCUCAUCGUUUUUUAUUGCCCGUGUCUUUGUAUUCGGAGAGAACUGGUGGCUAAGAAUUUGGGUUGCAAACAGCACCGGGUCUACGAAUUCCAAUGGAUUCAUCGCAACUAAGUUAGCUCCUGCAGCCUAUGGUGUAAUGUCAUAUGUUAAUGAUACUACCAAAAGUCAAAAUGUGUUCCGUGAUUGGGUAUACGAGGAAGAUCAACCUCGAAGUGUAGACUACUACAUUAUUGUUUAUCUGGUCAUCUGUUUAGCCUCAAUCCUAUUUGAUAUGCUUCGAAGUAUUGUACUUUACUGGGGUUCUGUUCACGGCGCAAAAAUAUUGUUUGAAAAGAUGUUGAGAAAAAUUACUCAUGCUCCUUUGCGUUUUUUCGACACUACUCCAAUCGGUCGUGUACUCAACCGUUUUGGCAAGGAUGUAAUGACAGUUGAUAUGGAUUUAGCCCGCACAUCAAGUAAAGUACUUGACUGUAUGACCGGUUUAGUCGCAUCUGUUGUCGUAGUUGGUGCUAUCACUCCUCAGUUUAUUGCUGUUGCCAUAGUUAUUGGUGCAGCUUAUGUCGCAAUUGGUGCCCUCUAUCUAAGUGUAUCGCGCCAGUUCAAGCGUCUUAACUCUGUUAGCCGAUCACCGAUUUAUUCGCACUUCACCGAGACUUUGGCCGGUGUUACAACUAUUCGCGCCUAUUGCCAAGAAGAUACAUUCGAACUCGAAUUUUACAGAAAAAUAGAUACAUACAUCUCGCCUUACUAUUAUCUGUGGAUGACUAACCGCUGGUUAUAUGCUCGGGUAGAAUUUGCUGGUUUAUUUAUUUCUUUGUUUGCUGGUAUCUUUAUCCUUUGGAACCUCGACACUAUCGAUGCUGGUAUGGCCGGUAUCUCACUUUUCUAUGCCCGUUCAUUCUUGGAUAAUAUAUAUCUGGGGAUUCGCGAGUACACUCAAGUUGAGAUGGAUUUGAACUCGGUUGAACGAAUUCAAGAGUAUCUCGAGAUUGAACAAGAACCUCCCGCUUCUAUCAAAGGAAGCCGCCCCCCUGCUGCCUGGCCUACUACCGCAUCUGUUGAAGUAAAAGAUCUUGUGAUCAGAUAUGCAGAAGAUCUUGGCCCUGUACUUCAUGGAAUCUCUUUUGACAUUCGAUCUCACGAAAAAGUUGGUGUUGUUGGACGUACUGGAUCAGGAAAGAGCACCCUUGCUCUCAGUUUCUUCCGUUUCCUUGAACCAAGCAGCGGCAGUAUUACUAUUGAUGGAAUUGACGUCACUCAUAUUGGUGUCUAUGAUCUUCGUUCUAAGCUCACUAUUAUUCCUCAGGAUGCUGUUUUGUUCUCUGGAACUAUCCGUUCCAACCUUGAUCCCUUUGAAGAAUACACAGAUAGUGCGGUCUGGGAAUCUCUCGUCCGAGCCCACCUUGCUCCUGAAAACCACGAUGAUGAAGUCCCAGAAGGAAAUGCUACCUGGGCUGUCACUAGUCUUAGCCAAAUUGUGAGCGAUGGUGGCAACAACUUCUCUCAAGGCCAACGUCAACUGCUCUGUAUGGCCCGUGCAUUGCUCAAGAACAGCAGACUUAUUAUUAUGGACGAAGCUACUGCCAGUGUUGAUUUCGAGACCGACAAGAAGAUUCAAAACACAAUUCGUGAGGAGUUUGUCAGCUCGACUUUAAUUUGCAUUGCCCAUCGCCUGAGAACUAUUAUAGAUUAUGAUCGAGUUUUGGUGCUUGAUCAGGGUAAUGUUGUUGAAUAUGACACACCUGCAAACUUGUUGAUCCACGGUGCUGGAACUGGCCUAUUCAAGUCGAUGUGCGAGAAUUCCGGUGAACUUGAUUUGUUAAUCGAAAUGGCGCAA